AUGAAUGUUAGUGGAGGCAACAGGUACGACAAGUGGGACCGUGACCGCGGUGGGGGCGGGAACGGGAGUGGCGGUGGUGGCGGCGGUAGCUCGGGCGGGUCGGGCGGCGCGUGGGCCGGCCGCGACCGCGAGCGAGACCGCGAGCGCGAGCGACAGGCGCGCGCGCACCAAAUGUCGCACGCUCACGCCGCUGAGCCCGACGCAUCGUCGCUUUUCCCGGCACCAUUCAGGGUGACCGGCAACCGGGACCGCGUGAGCCAGCAAGUCCAACAUAAGUUGGGUGACUACCACCUCGCGCAGUCUAUCAUCGACGACCCCAGCAAAUCAAUAGGCAUUUGUCCAGAACCGCCAAGUCCAGCGCCCUGUCCCCCGAGGCGUGAAAGCGAGUUCAAGAAACCUGCGCACGCGCCGCAAAAUGGCCGUCUACAUCACCGCCCUUACAAGAAUGAGUUGCCCGGCUCGACGGCGGCACAUAGGCCGCCCCCCCUCCGGAUUCCCAACGGCUUCCAAACUCAGAACGUCAUUGACAGCAGUCAACCGCCAAUAGAAAGCAUUUUAAAGGAGAUGAAAUCAUUACCUACACCACUGACUGUUAUUGCGGCGACGCCAAGGAAGGAACUGGAGAAUAAAUUUAUUUUUAAUCCAUACACUAAUAAGGUGCAAGAAAAUCCUCAACUGGCAGGCAACGAUCUCAAAACACCGCUCUCCAAACCCGGUGAGUACAAUAAAAUAUAAAUUUCUACUCUCGAUUUCUAUGUUUUAUAUCUUUCCAGGUAUUCGCUUAACACAUUUUUAGCGAAAUUAAAUAAUUUUCGUGUAUUUGAUAAGAAUCAAAUAUAUUUGGUUAUUUCUAUUUAUUAUUGAUAAUUCUGAACUUGAUAUAAAUAACGUUUUCACAUGCGCUUGCUAAUUUAUGUAUAUUGUCUUUUUUAUGUUUACGGAACUUGUCUCUGGUUACAUGUAUAGACAUAUAAGCACAAUAUGAAUGAUCAAUACUGAGGAAUUGUUAAUUUUGUUGGUAUAUAAUUCUUUUGCCCAACAGUUUUAAUUUAAAUUUGCUGUUCGCAUUUGCUGUAGCUAAGUCCUCGUGUUUGACACAACUAAAGGUACCACAACACUCAGAUACGAGACAAUAUAGAAAUUUUCAAAAUUGACCCGGCCGAGAAUCGAACCCGAGACCUCAGAUAUAGCGACACCUUGAAAUUUACGUACGAAACAGUGGGCUACGGAGGUUGUGAAAAAAAUAAAUAGUUAUUUAUAAAUAGCGUAAUAAUAUAUCCGCAAAGCGACUUUAGAACUCAUUAUUCACAUUCAUUAAUUUUUCCACUUUAAUUCACCUUUGAUCGUGUUUUUUUUACAUCAGCGAGACUGCGGCGCUAUAUGUUUUCUAUAUUAAGCUUUAUGUUUUAUAGUUUAAACUAUAGCGAUUUGUAUAUUGUUCUAGCAAGUGCACAUGUGUUCCUUAUAACUGCAGCACGCGAAUGUUUUGUCUUUUUUUUUUGCAAUUUAUUUAUUCGCGUCGGCGACAGGUGGUGCAGGCGGAUGAUCUGUGCUGGCGAUACGUAUAAACUGCCUCUUGAUAUUUCAUUUCACCUUUUAUUUAGGUGCAGCCAACCCAACACGCUGCAGUAAAAGCAUUUUUAAAACUUUUUCGGUAUAUAGUGUUGGUUUAUUAGUGAUGCUUGGACAUUUAGUACAAAUUAAAUGUUAAACUAUACUAACUGUACGCAAUAGAGACGGAAAAUGCAGCGAACUUGUACAUAGUAUGCAUUUCAUAAUAAAUUACUCUUUCCACGGCCAUCGUACAGCCAUUUCGUUUAUGAUAUAAAUUUAUAAUAACCGUCUAGAGCACUAACACGAAGGUUAGUCGUGCCCUUUUACAAUUUAUAUUUGCACAAAUAAUAGUUUGAUUUUUAGUUGGCGACGCUUAACUGGCAGUUAAAACGGUAAAGUUAUGAGCCAAUUAGCAAGCCACUAACCAUAAGCACGAUUUCAGAGUUUAUUCUCCAAGAUGGCGAAGCGGUAAUAACAUGCUUUCGAAACUAUAAUAAGUGCGAAUUCAUAUAAAUAAACAAAGCGAUUGUUUUAUUACUUCUUUUUGCAAACAACAAAACCUGUAUAUAUAUACAUAAUAUAUUUGGCUUUGUAUUAGUAUCUCAGCGAAAAACAUGCGAAAUAAUCCUAAAUGAAACGUGUCUUUGAAUCGCUUCUGUGUACAUGAGUCGGUGGUACCGCGAUUUGCAUAUAAGCUGCGCACGUGUCCAUAUAGGAACGUUAAGCUUCCACGUGAAAUUCCUACUUUGACGUAUGUUAAUCAACCUAAAUGUAAUGUACCCACAUGAUAUGCGGCUGGAAUAUUGAUCGAAUCAUAAAAAAGACGACAUUUUGUUUUGUUUCCACAUGAAUAUAUUGUUUUGUUUUUUAAUGUUUUAGCGAUGUUCGAAACAUUGGCUUGUUACCUGUGACUUUUGAUUGUCGUGUAAUUUUGAAACGCUAAUAUGACUGUCUAUAUAUGUUUGUUGAUAUUUAUUAGGCAACGGGAGUGGGCCUGAUACUGCCUCCGAUGCAUAGAUAAUCUUUGCGUAGGAAUAUAAAAAAAAAAUAUUAUGGAACGAUAAUACGAUUGCAAUACCUGAUAGAAAGUGAUAUUACGAUAAUAGCUGUCAGAAGUCGACACUGCUGGGUAUAUGAUUUACACAAAAUUAUAAGAACAUUUUGAAAUUAAAUUUCAAGACAAACAAAAGGCUCUGGUUGUGAUUUUCUAGGGACCACAAUCUCCUGUGUGAAAUCAAUCCAAUUAAUACACUUUUUCGUUGUGUUAAUUUAUGAUUAUAAUCUGGAAGUUUGAGAAAGUGACUUCGUAAAUUAUUUACGAACUGCCAUAUAUCAACGAAAUGUUAAGCAUCUUAUUUUCCUCCAUUCCGCGAGGACGUCAACUCUCGUUGUUUGGUAUAUUUUUCACCGUUGUGUGUGAUAUUUUCCCGGUAGCCCUGCAGCGAGCCGCAAAUAAAGCGGCGACUG